CAGCCCAUCGCGCAGGGGUGAGGAAAACACACCUGCGGAAAUAGCUGGUGUAAUCCCCAGGAUCGCUGACUAGGGAGCGCAGGGCAGUAAUCUUAGCGGUGCUUCUGAGUAACCACGCGUGGGGCUGGGCGCUGGGCGGCUCGUGGGUUGCGACUCAGCAGGCGAGCGUUUCUGCCACCGCGAUCCUCGGCGUGAUCGGAGCGAGAGGGAGGGAAGGCGGCAGCUCGGGGCGGCGAUCUUUAUGAAUGAACGCGUCCCCGCUGUAGUUUCCCCGGGCCGCCGCCAGGUGCCAGCAGAGAGCAGCGCGCCCAGAGUCCCGGCCGGUGCCCGAGCGCGGCCACUCGUGAAAGGCGAAGCGGCGAGGGGAGCCGCGCCGGGAUCCUGCAGCCGCGUCCUCGGCGGUGCGGCGCCGCUUGCCCCAUGAGGCUGCCGCGAUGGAGGGCGGCUCGGGCCCCGGGGAAGGCUCCCAGCGCGGGGCCUCCGACGAAGUUUUGCUCUCGGGGGUCUUCUCGCUCGUCCCGGCUCUGAAGACCGACUACGCCCUGAGCCUCACCCGCGGCGCGGAGCUGCUGAUGUGCCGCCAGGGCGCUGCGCCGGACAGCCCGGCCGCCCGGCUGCUGCUCUCGGACUGCAUCGGCUGCUACGCCUUCCAGAGCAAGGGCCAGCAGCAGCAGCAGCAGCACCCGGCGGCCGCCUACUUCACCGUCUUCUGCUACCCGCUCAAGAAGGGCUGGUGGGACUCCGGCGAAGCCCGGCACCGAGUGGCCAAGACUUUCCGCGUCUUGGCGUCUCAGGAAGCCGAGGAGAACCGCGCCGUCGCCGAGACGUGGGCCAGCAAAAUCCGUGAGCUCUCUGCCCCCCGCAUCCCGAAGCUGGAAGGAGCAGUAUAUGGACACCUCCCUUGGCCCUGUCAAGUGAUGGUGUUGUUAAACCCACAUAGUGGGGCAGGCCAGGCGCUACAUCUAUUCAAGACCCAAGUGCAGCCCAUGUUGACAGAAGCAAAUAUAGCAUUCAGCAUGUUUAUAACUGAGAAACACAGGCACGCUUGGGAACUGGUGAGGGAGGAGAACUUGUCCAGGUGGGAUGCCUUGGUCACGAUGGCUGGGGAUGGCUUGCUGUAUGAGGUGAUAAAUGGACUGAUGGAGCGUCCUGACUGGGAAACUGCAAUCCAGAAGCCUCUUUGCAUCCUCCCGGCGGGCUCUGGAAAUGCCAUCGCUGCUUCUCUCAAUUACUAUGCUGCCAAGAUCUGCCUGCUGAAAGAAGAGCUGCUGAUGAGCUGCACUUACUUCCUAUGCAAAGGCCUGCAUGCUCCCAUGGACCUCGUGUCCCUGCGCACCGCCUCAGGCAAGCGCCUGUUCUCUUUCCUCAGCUUUAGCUGGGGUUUCGUCUCGGACGUCGACAUCACCAGUGAGAGAUACCGCAAACUAGGCCGGGCCCGCUUCACUCUGGGCACCUUGCAACUCCUGACCACGCUCCAUGUCUACAAGGGCCGUCUCUCCUACCUGCCUGCUGAAGAGCCAAGCUCUAUGUCCUCACAAGGAGAGCACAGCAGACUUUCGGCACAGAAUGCCAAACAAGUCUCCCUUUGCAACGGGAAGCCAGUUCCUUCUCACCCUCAGCAGGGCUGUGCGCUCGAGGACCCUUUGCUGGUACCCUUUGACCAGCCGCUUCCCAAAGACUGGAUGGUGGUGCCUGAGGAGGAAUUUGUUUCCAUUGUUUGCAUCUAUCAGUCGCACCUAGGAACAGACCUUCUUUUGGCUCCCCAAGCCAAGCUGUAUAACGAUGCUAUCCACCUCUUCUACAUGACUGCUGGGGUUUCCAGGAUGGGAAUGAUCAAAUUCUUCAUGGCCUUGGAGAAAGGGGCCCAUUUGACUCUCAACUGCCCGUAUCUCCAUUAUGUGCCUGUGAAAGCCUUCCGGCUCGAGCCCUUUACUCUUAAGGGGGACAUGACAGUGGACGGUGAAGUGCUGGCAUGUGAACCAGUACAGGGUCAAAUUCACAGACGGAUUAGCCAUAUCAUCACUGGUUCUUGAGCUGGGUUGGAAACCUCCAAGAAGCAGUACCUGCUCCGGCAGCAAAAGGCUUUGCAGAAUCGUUGGGUGUGGGCAUGCAUGUAAUUUAUGAAGUAGUGCCUGUUGCAGUGAACCCCAAACGCUGCAACUAUCAAGAGAGCAUCAGCUCUGUUUUCAGGUGAUGAUAAAUCUCAGGGGGAAUUGGGCCUUCAGAGUAUAUAAUUGCAAUAUUAAUAGGCUAUUCUGGCAGGUGAUAGAAUAGCCUCUCCUUUGCUAAAGGACACAAAAGGCUGUUUUAGAGUCUUCCUAUUCUUUUAGCAAAGAAGUGGAAAAGCCAGCAGUCUCCAUGAAACCAAAGGCAACUACUCAGCAGCAGUGGCUUAGCCUUCUUUCUGAGACCAAGGCCUAAUGGAAGGUGGCUAAUAUAGGGGACCUGACAUCAUCCCCACCUAGCAAGCCUUUGGCUAAAACCGGUGACAACUUUUAAUCCCUUCCUUUUGUAAAGAAGUGUGUGUGCUUUUUUACAAGGAAACAAAAUUGUUUGUAGUAGCAGAUUAUAUUCUUACAGAGAUGAAAUAAAGAUCUAAUUUUUUUUCAAAAA